CUUACUAUAUAUUUGAGAGAAGAAGCUGUAAAAUGGGCAUGUAUACUCAAUGUUCCUGAGUGCCAAAAAGUAGCUACUUCGAAAUUCAACAAGGAGCUUCAAAAUUCUGUAGAAAACAGUAAUUUGAUAAGGAAGAAAUGGAUAUACUGUAAUGGUUUAAGAACUGCAAACUACACUAUUUGGUACACAAUGUGGCAGAAAUGGAAGGCAACGUCUGAUGAAAAUUAUUUAGAAUAUCUAACUUGUACUGAAAAGUAUGAUAUUAUUUGCGCCUUUUUGGGGUUAAUCCUAUUGGAGAAUGUUCAGCCGAAUGAUAGCAAAUGGGCAACUAGGCGUGCUAAUGCAUUUCUUUUUACUGUUGCCAAACAUGCAAAAACAAAACAAGUGAAUUUUUGUCUUAUGAAAAUUUUGAAAGAUAUUAGUUUUAGUUCAAAUAGAAGAAAUGAUAUAAUUGCAACGUUAAUUGUAAUUAUAACGCAUACAAACGGUGUACAUCACACAGAAGAGAUAAUUAAAUUCGCAUCGAAUUAUCAAAUAGCUAAAGCUGUUAAAAGAAAAAUAAGGAAACGAAGAUUGAAGUACAGAGGCUUUAUCGAUAACUACUGGUACUACUUUUAGACUUACUGGUAGACUCUAAUUGUAAGUGAA